GUCGUAUUCGUGUCCCUUGGCCUUGAAAACAUACAUGUACUUAAUAUCAAGUUAAUCCCACAUAAUUUACGAGUUCUAUGACCAUGUCCACGAAAACCCGCCUUUCGUCCCACUGUGUGCCAUUUUAGAGAGGCGAGAAGAUAAAAUUGUGUCGAAAACCAAAUGGUAACGAGUUUCAUGGAAGAUUUGGAUUAAAAUAUCUUAGAAACUAAAAAUCGGACCUGCAUAAUGGCUUCAUUUGGGAGACAGCCCCACAAUUCCACGCUCUAAUUGUAUUCGCUGAACAUAGGUACUAUGGUGAGUCAAUGCCAUUCGGCGACUUAUCCUUUUCCGAUCCGAAGUUCUCAGGCUACCUUUCUUCCCAGCAAGUACUCGCUGACUACGUCUCCCUAAUCAAUUACCUGAAAGAUUCUUACAAGGUUCCAUCCUACCAAAAUCCAGUGAUAGCUUUCGGAGGCUUCUAUGGCGGGAUAUUGUCGGCAUGGAUGAGGAUGAAGUAUCCUUCUGUCAUCCAAGGUGCGCUUGCAUCCUCAGCCCCUAUCUGGCAGUUCGAAGGUAUGCUACCCUGUGGAACCUUAUACGGGGCAGCUUCUCAUCCCUACAUUGUUGAAUCAAUGAAAUGUGCUAAUUCUAUUAAGGUAUCUUGGGGGCAGUUGAAUCAGCUUGGAACAUCAGAUGAUGGCCUGAAAUGGUUGACUGAUACAUUUAAACUGUGCAGCCCUCUUAAGGAUGUAAAGAAACUGAAGGACUGGCUCAAUGAAGUUUAUGUAAAAAUAGCCAUGAACAACUAUCCUUACCCAACUAAUUUUCCUGCCGAAUUACCAGCUAACCCAAUAAAGGUUCUCUGCGAGCACCUGCCAGAUCCCUGGGUUAAACGUGAAGAGUUAUUGAACAAUAUAUUUCAUGCAACUUCAGUCUAUUCCAAAAUGGCUGCAUCAGGAAAAUGUUUGGAUUUGGAAAAAAUAUCCGAAGGUGACCAAGAAACAUUAGCCUGGGACUUCCAAUCAUGCACAGAGAUGAUCGUACCUAUUUGUGACUAUGGAACAACUGAUAUGUUUGAAAGAAGUGUGUGGAAUAUAACAGAAGUUUCAGAUAAAUGUUUUCGGAAAUUCAAAGUGAGGCCAAAUCCUGGAUUAGCAGAAAUGGAAUAUGGUGGGAAAAAUAUCACUUGGGCAACAAACAUAAUAUUCAGUAAUGGACUAUUAGAUCCUUGGUCCAGUGGAGGAGUCCUCAAGAAUUUAUCUUCAUCUGCUGUGGCAGUUGUCAUACCUGAGGCUGCCCAUAGCUUGGACUUGAGGUUUGCUAACAAAGCUGAUCCUGAGUCAGUUCUUAGUGCUCGUAAGAUUUACAAAAAAACCUUUUCGAAAUGGAUAAAGCAGUACAAUAAACAGAAAUCACAUUGAUAAUUUAUAAUUUGGCUACUUUAUGUAUGAAGGCAUGGCAACACUGAACUAUUUGCAACCUUCUUAAGUUUUAGUAUUGUAUUAUGUAUAAUAUCAUGUAGAUUCUAUAUCAAAUAUAAUUGAUUAUUAUUUUAAACUUGUUGUCAUUAUUUAAUCCCCAAACUGGUGCAUCCUACAAACGAAGUCAAAUCAACUAUUACUGAUGAAAAUAAACUAGAGAUUCUGUCUCAGUAGGAGACAGCCUGAGUUGGAGAUGGGUGAUAAUUACUAGUUGAUCUCAAUGGAUAUUUCAAUAUUCUCGAUGAAAAAAUAAAAUAAAUAGAUUUACAGACCUUAUAGAUCUUUUUCACAUGUGCUCUUGCUUUCCAGCUGUCUACAUACUGCUCUGCAGCAUCUUUGCUGAUUCGAUCUAUCCAUCUACCUAACCAUAUUUGGCCUUCCACUCUGUUUUUUGCUUGCUAUUGAGACAUUUGUUUUUGCAUAAAGGCUUUCUGAUGGAUUCUUGAAUGCAGUAGGUCUUCUUUUAUCCCAUAGCAGGAAGGAAACACAUCUAAUGCUAAAAUAUACCAGGAGGGGUGUUAAUAAU